UUCGAGUUUAAAGUUUCUAAUUUUUUUGUUAUCAGCCGACAACAGUGUGCGCUUUUCAAAGAAAAUUAAACGCCCUAUAAAAACGUCCCCAAAUUAGAAUCUUGGCGGGAAAAACUACUUCCACGAACGCCCGUGAAUCACGACAUAAGUGGUGCGAGAGAGGAUUCCAAAUUAUUAAAUUGGUGUUUACAAAUACCACAAUCGCUUGUGUUAUAUUAAGUGCGUUCAAUUUAAAGGAUGGAUCUUGAUCUUCAAGGGAGAUAAUAACGGAUACUGCGUAUUAACUGACAGUGGUGUACAUGUAUACCAAUACGCAAUGCGAGAAAAAUAAAGAUCCAUGGAAGGCGCUUCCAAAAACAAACGCAAGAAACAACACCAUAAGUUUCUUGGAAACCUGCCGUAUUGGAAACUUGCUUUGCUUGACUCUUUUCAUCUUAUAAAUAAAAAAGACCAACAAAACUGUUCAAUUUCCGCAAUCAUUUGGGUUUUGUCAAUCAACUCAUUGUCAAAGUCUUGAAAUCCAGCUUUGUAUUUUUACACUAGCUCCUACGCCUAUGCACGCUUUAAUUCAUCGGGCGGUGUAGUUUACUCAGUCUCAAAGACCUGUUGCCGAAAUGAGGUUCGUCGUAUGGAAAAUCAGUGCGAUUUUGAUUAUUUUCUUGAUUGCGGCUAUCGAUGCCGACCCCAAAAGAUCUUCCGGUGGUCGGAGUCGGGGUAAGAGCAGCGGUUCCGGAAGCUGGUGGUCAUCGAGAAGAAAAUCUUCGGGAAGCAGUACCCCCACCAAGACCGACGUCAAACCGGACAGCGCACCUGGCAAUGUCAAACCCUCGGCCCCCAAAGCCGAACCUGCGAUCAAAAAAGAAUCCUCAAAGACCCAACAAGCUAGUCCAGGCCAGCACAACCAACCUCAGCAGCCUAUAGGCUGGAACGUCGGCCAUAAUACCAAUACCAACCCCCAAACCGGAGGAGGAUGGAGAUCCGGGUACCAAAAUCAAGCCGCACCCCCUGCAUAUUCCGCUUCUGCUCACCACCCCAGCUACGGAGCAGCGCCACCGGCUUACAAUGGACAAGCAACUUGGGGCUCACCUCCAGGUUACUCAGCUCAUGGAACUCCCUACGGUGGACACUAUGGUGGAUUCGGUCAAAAUAAUUAUCCUCACCAGACGGGCGGAUAUCAUCCUCACCAAUCGUUCUCGGGUUACCAUCAAAGUCCUGUGAUGGGAGGGAUGGGUAUAGGGCAGUCGUGGGGAGGCAGCGGCUUUGGUUACGGUAAUAAAGGUUAUGGAGGGUACGGAGGUGGAUUCGGUGGAAUGGGCGGCUACGGAGGAAUGGGUGGCUUCGGUGGACCCGGCUACUACCCCAUGAAAAAAUCUGGCGGCUUUUUUAGCGGAAGCACAUUGCGAAACGUGUUGACGGGCAUGAUGGUCUGGCAUUUGGCGUCCAGUUUAUUCAAGAGACCUUACACUGUCCAUAAUUAUUAUAACCAGCCAGCCGACGCGAAGGUUCCCGAAAUACAGUUGCCCGCGAACGUGCUGACAUUGUGCGAUGGUAAUGUUACCAGUCUUUGUGCACCAGAGACAAUUCCGGUGUGCACGACGAACGGAACUGUCAUAUGCGCGGCGGCGGCCAAUCAGCGCGCGCCGUGUCAUCAAGACCCCGCCCUGUCGUGCGUCGACACGACGGUACCGUGCGCAGACGCCAACGACCCGCUGUGUCAAAACUCCACGAAGAAAGAUCGUCUCGAAGCGGUCGUCAACAUGCCUUGCCUGACCAACCUCACCUUGGACGUAAACCUGUUGGACAAAAGCAGUACCCAGCCGAACACCAACUACGUGUACUGUGUGACGACAAUGGCGGUAGCAGGUCCGAAAUACGACUCGUGCAAAGACCUCGGCAAUUCGACCAACGACUACAGGACGGUUCUAAACGGGCACUACGAAUGGUUCUUGGAGUCGGACGGGUUCCGGAGAAACUACUCCGUGUACAAUUACGAGCGUCCCAUGGAAGUAAGCGGAGAGAUUCACAUGCCGGUCAACGUGUUGGUCAACUGUAGCGAGAACGCUACGAAAAUAUGCGCACCGGCGACAGCGCACGUGUGCACUACGUUCAACGAAAUCAUGUGCGUAGCGUCUACGAGCGUGAUCGAAGAAUGUUCGUCGACGAACGGGAGUUGCGUCAAGAGUACCGUACCGUGUCUGGAGGGCAGCGAGGAUAAGUUUUGUCAAAACGCGAACGAAACGACGAGAGAGGUCGAAAUCGAGCUGCCAUGUUUUGCGAACAUCACCAUCAACGCGCCGAUCAGUAACUUCCAGCUGGAGGAGUACAACGGCACGUUGCCCGAACAGCUUCUCAAUUCUAGUUACACCUAUCACUACAGUUUUUGCGUCGUGACGUUAGCGCUGCCGGGAUCUGACGCGGAUUUGUGCGUAAUAUAGUCAUAAUAUAGAUAGUGAUUAGAUUGUGUUGUUUCAAUAAAAAUACGU